AACUGUUUAGCUGUAAACUGUCGUCUCGAGGGGCAGAGAACAACUAAACGAAAACUACGAGCGCAGAAAGUUAUACAUGUAGCCUAGUAACUCUAACUGAAAACUAUGAUGUUGCGAUAAUUAACUGACGGUUUAUUCCAAAAGCAUGGAGGAAUUCAACACAACUGUCCGUAUAUCGGGUUUCGUGUUGAGUUCACUGAUGUUUCAUCAUUUGAACAGUGAUGCGGAUGUGGAAGGUCUUAUUCUUGGAGAGAGUAUAGGAGAGGAGAACUGUAGGAUCACAGACUCUCAAAUUGAUCACAUACAGUUUGAACACACUAUAAAUAUUCAAAAACACAUCCCUUGUCAUAAACUGCAUAGCUUCUACGGUAAUGCUGGCGAUGUGAGUGAGCAGAAAAUAAGACAGAUUUUGUCAGAUUACAAAAAGGAGAAUGUGAUUGGGUGGUAUAGACAACGAAGAAAUACCAAACAGCAAAUGACCUUCAUGGAACAAGUGAUUCAUCAGAAUAUGAGAAAGAUUCUCUCCAGUCAGGAACUUGUUUUCAUGUUGCUCACACCCUCUCAGGCAAUGGCUUCAGGCUCCACACAUCGCCUUGAGUUCUCCGCUUUCUUAUGGCACAGCAGCCAGUACAACAAUAUCCCCAUCUUGGUGAGCAACCUGGGAAACCUUGAACAACAAGACUACUGGAGAGUGUCAGGCACAUGUCCAUCUUUAGGACAGAGUCAAGCUGUUAAUCAACACAGGACCAAAUUCUUCUGCACAGAGGAUGAUUUAAAAGAGGUCAGAAAUGUCAGUGACAUGAAUGAUGCUUUAUUAGCAGAAAUGCAGAAAGUGUGCAAGGAAGUGGAGAAGAGUGAAAGAGCAGUUGAGAAACUUCAAGAAGACAUUACGCAGCUAAAGGAGGCCAUCGGGAAACAGAAGAGACACUCUGAGAAAAACGAAUCCCACAAAUGUGCCUCUCCAGAAGAACCCAAAGAGAACAUACCUCUAUGCUCAGCUCUGAGAACUCUGUUCCCCAAUGCGCCCUCAUUACGGACACAGACCCUCACUGUUCAGGGCUUCCCCAUAUUAGAACUGUGCUGUAAUUCUGACCAUAACAUUGAUAUUUCCACCAAGCUGCCUCUGAUUCUGGAGAAUCAACUCACCAGGAGGAAGGACGCAGCCCCCAGACUUAGGAAAAAAUGCCUUGCUGCUGGUUUUUCUCCGAGACUUAAAAGGAAAAGGAAGACUAAUGAUAACAGCGAGUCGGCCCCUGAGAGCGGGUCAGAUGCAGAGAUUGAGUUGAAUGGACAGAGCAGAACUAACUCCCCUGUCUUUUAAACGGUAAAACUAAGCGUGUUCUUAUUUGUACAUCAAUCUAGUCAUGACUGGAAAGCAUUACACAUUUUAUACCAGGGGGGUUACCUUUAUCUUGAUUUGCCAACAUUUUCUUUAAUAUCAUUUUUUUAAACUCUGUUUGUAAAUGUUCCCUAGAAAAUUAAAAGUUGAACACAUUA